CAGAUGGAUGUUGACCGAUGUCCCAGCGUUCAGAUUUACAGAUGGAUGUUGACCGGUGUCCCAGCGUUCAGAUGUACAGAUGGAUGUUGGCCGAUGUCCCAGCGUUUAGAUUUACAGAUGGAUGUCGACCAAUGUCCCAGCGUUUAGAUUUACAGAUGGAUGUUGAUCGAUGUCCCAGCAUUUAGAUUUACAGAUGGAUGUUGACCGAUGUCCUAGAGUUUAGAUUUACAGAUGGAUGUUGACCGAUGUCCCAGCGUUUAGAUUUACAGAUGGAUGUUGACCGAUGUCCCAGCGUUUAGAUUUACAGAUGGAUGUUGACCGAUGUCCCAGCAUUUAGAUUUACAGAUGGAUGUUGACCGAUGUCCCAGCGUUUAGAUUUACAGAUGGAUGUUGACCGAUGUCCCAGCGUUUAGAUUUACAGAUGGAUGUUGACCGAUGUCCCAGCGUUUAGAUUUACAGAUGGAUGUUGACCGAUGUCCCAGCGUUUAGAUUUACAGAUGGAUGUUGACCGAUGUCCCAGCGUUUAGAUUUACAGAUGGAUGUUGACCGAUGUCCCAGCGUUUAGAUUUACAGAUGGAUGUUGACCGAUGUCCCAGCGUUUAGAUUUACAGAUGGAUGUUGACCGAUGUCCCAGCGUUUAGAUUUACAGAUGGAUGUUGACCGAUGUCCCAGCGUUUAGAUUUACAGAUGGAUGUUGACCGAUGUCCCAGCGUUUAGAUUUACAGAUGGAUGUUGACCGAUGUCCCAGCGUUUAGAUUUACAGAUGGAUGUUGACCGAUGUCCCAGCGUUUAGAUUUACAGAUGGAUGUUGACCGAUGUCCCAGCGUUUAGAUUUACAGAUGGAUGUUGACCGAUGUCCCAGCGUUUAGAUUUACAGAUGGAUGUUGACCGAUGUCCCAGCGUUUAGAUUUACAGAUGGAUGUUGACCGAUGUCCCAGCGUUUAGAUUUACAGAUGGAUGUUGACCGAUGUCCCAGCGUUUAGAUUUACAGAUGGAUGUUGACCGAUGUCCCAGCGUUUAGAUUUACAGAUGGAUGUUGACCGAUGUCCCAGCGUUUAGAUUUACAGAUGGAUGUUGACCGAUGUCCCAGCGUUUAGAUUUACAGAUGGAUGUUGACCGAUGUCCCAGCGUUUAGAUUUACAGAUGGAUGUUGACCGAUGUCCCAGCGUUUAGAUUUACAGAUGGAUGUUGACCGAUGUCCCAGCGUUUAGAUUUACAGAUGGAUGUUGACCGAUGUCCCAGCGUUUAGAUUUACAGAUGGAUGUUGACCGAUGUCCCAGCGUUUAGAUUUACAGAUGGAUGUUGACCGAUGUCCCAGCGUUUAGAUUUACAGAUGGAUGUUGACCGAUGUCCCAGCGUUUAGAUUUACAGAUGGAUGUUGACCGAUGUCCCAGCGUUUAGAUUUACAGAUGGAUGUUGACCGAUGUCCCAGCGUUUAGAUUUACAGAUGGAUGUUGACCGAUGUCCCAGCGUUUAGAUUUACAGAUGGAUGUUGACCGAUGUCCCAGCGUUUAGAUUUACAGAUGGAUGUUGACCGAUGUCCCAGCGUUUAGAUUUACAGAUGGAUGUUGACCGAUGUCCCAGCGUUUAGAUUUACAGAUGGAUGUUGACCGAUGUCCCAGCGUUUAGAUUUACAGAUGGAUGUUGACCGAUGUCCCAGCGUUUAGAUUUACAGAUGGAUGUUGACCGAUGUCCCAGCGUUUAGAUUUACAGAUGGAUGUUGACCGAUGUCCCAGCGUUUAGAUUUACAGAUGGAUGUUGACCGAUGUCCCAGCGUUUAGAUUUACAGAUGGAUGUUGACCGAUGUCCCAGCGUUUAGAUUUACAGAUGGAUGUUGACCGAUGUCCCAGCGUUUAGAUUUACAGAUGGAUGUUGACCGAUGUCCCAGCGUUUAGAUUUACAGAUGGAUGUUGACCGAUGUCCCAGCGUUUAGAUUUACAGAUGGAUGUUGACCGAUGUCCCAGCGUUUAGAUUUACAGAUGGAUGUUGACCGAUGUCCCAGCGUUUAGAUUUACAGAUGGAUGUUGACCGAUGUCCCAGCGUUUAGAUUUACAGAUGGAUGUUGACCGAUGUCCCAGCGUUUAGAUUUACAGAUGGAUGUUGACCGAUGUCCCAGCGUUUAGAUUUACAGAUAGAUGUUGACCGAUGUCCCAGCGUUUAGAUUUACAGAUGGAUGUUGGCCGAUGUCCCAGCAUUUAGAUUUACAGAUGGAUGUUGACCGAUGUCCUAGCGUUUAGAUUUACAGAUGGAUGUUGACAGAUGUUCAGCGUUUAGAUUUACAGAUGGAUGUUGACCGAUGUCCUAGCGUUUAGAUUUACAGAUAGAUGUUGACCGAUGUCCUAGCGUUUAGAUUUACAGAUGGAUGUUGACCGAUGUCCCAGCGUUCAGAUUUACAGAUAGAUGUUGACCGAUGUCCCAGCAUUUAGAUUUACAGAUGGAUGUUGACCGAUGUCCCAGUGUUCAGAUUUACAGAUAGAUGUUGACCGAUGUCCCAGCGUUCAGAUUUGCAGAUGGCUGUUGGCCGAUGUCCCAGCGUUCAGAUGGACAGAUGGAUGUUGACCGAUGUCCCAGCGUUUAGAUUUACAGAUAGAUGUUGACCGAUGUCCCAGCGUUCAGAUUUGCAGAUGGCUGUUGGCCGAUGUCCCAGCGUUCAGAUUUACAGAUGGAGGUUGACCGAUGUCCCAGCGUUCAGAUUUACAGAUAGAUGUUGACCGAUGUCCCAGCGUUCAGAUUUACAGAUGGAUGUUGACUGAUGUCUAUGCUUCUUGGCUAUCUCCAGAUGAUAAUUACCUGUGCCUCUCACGAAAAGGGCGUUAGGAACGACUGUACCUUCGAAAAUGCACAGACUGUACGAGGGCGUAAAAGAUGAGGUACCCGCUACAGAAGGCAUCGUUACAGGCACUAUCCCUACCUGGGUGAAUGGCGCCCUCUACAGGAACGGCCCGGCAAUGUUCCAGAUUGGACAGGACAACUUCAAGCACCUGUUUGACGGCAUGGGAGCCGUACAGAAGUUCGAGGUCAGAGAUGGAACGGCUACAUUCUCACGGAAGUUUAUCCAGAGUGACUCCUACAAGAAAAACAUGGCUGCUAAUAGGAUUGUUGUUUCAGAAUUUGGGACUAUAGCUCAGUAUCCUGAUCCUUGUAAAAAUAUAUUCCAAAGAUUCUUCUCCCAUUUCAAACUAGGAAAGCCUACAGAUAACACUGCAAUCACUGUGUGGCCAUUGAGAGACCGGGUGUUUACCAGCACCGAGACAAAUUUCCUCAACGAGAUAGACCCGGACAACCUGGACACGAUUGGUAAGGUUGACCUGGGGAAACAUAUGACAAUUAGUUCAGCUGUAGCACAUGUCCACUGGGAUCGCGACGGAACCAUCCACAACAUGGGACAUGUAUACGAAGGUCAUCCCUCCUACUGUAUCUUCAGAGUACCUGCUGGCUCAGAUUUUAAAGAUGGGAAAGUUGUGUCUACUGUGAAGUCUCGAUGGAAGUUUAACCCAGGCUACUAUCACAGUUUCUCUGUUACUGAGAACUACUACGUGUUUGUGGAACAGCCUCUGGUCAUCAACAUCCUGAAAAUCCUGACCUGUCGGAUACGUGGAAUCAGUAUACCAGAUUGUCUUGAUUAUUGGCCAGAUGAAAAGGUAAUCUUCCAUGUGAUCGACAAGGCUACAGGAGAGAAAGUUCACGAGUCUUUUGAAUACCAAUCAGAUGCCUUUUUCACCUUUCACCAUGUAAAUGCAUUUGAAGAUGGAGACUCAUUAGUUCUCGACCUAUGUACAUAUAACGAUGCCCAAGUAAUCAAGAAGGUGUAUAUGAAGGAUUUCAGUGAGGAAAACGUAGAGGAAACAUUGAAGAAUUUACCAAAGGCGAUGCUGUCACGCUUUGUCCUACCACUGACGGUCAAUCAACAAACCCCCUGUGACAAGAACUUGAUUGAGAUGCCAGGCUCUAAAGCAACAGCCAUCAGGACGACAGAUACCACAGUACAAUGCACACCUGAUGUCAUAUACACUAAAGGCUUUGAACUUCCAACUGUGAGCUAUGACCUCUACAAUGGCCGUCAGUAUCGUUACUCGUACGGGUUCAGCAUACAAAGUGAAAAAGUCAUUGCACUGGUAAAGGUUGACCUCGUCAGUAAAACGUCUCUCCAGUGGGACUCUCCAGGAUGUGUACCAUCGGAGCCCAUCUUUGUACCGGACCCAAAUGGAUCUGAGGAGGAUGAUGGUGUUGUGUUAUCAGCAGUGAACAGUGUGACUGAGGGUGAGGCUCCAUUCCUGUUGGUCCUAGACGGGAAGACUUUUACGGAGCGGGCCAGAGUACAAUUUCCUGGAGUCCAAAUAAACAGAGAUCUUCAUGGAUUUUUUAGAAAGACUGUAGAGAGUCAGUUAUAGAGGAUUACAAAGUGUGAAGAUGACAUUAACAGAAAACCAUUCAAUGUUCUGUUCAAUGCAUGUUUCAUACCCUGCUUUUGGAAAGAGUCAGUUUCUGUCAGGCUGAAGUUUUUAUAUUGAAUACCUGCCAAAAAAUAGUCUGAUUUCAACCAAAUUUGGUCAGGCUAAGUUUGAUCACCAAAAAGGUGGCAUGCACAUUUGUUCAUACAUCUAAUUAAUAAGGCUACCUUGUUCUGAUUGGUUGUUUGGUUUCCAUCCAAUUACUGCCCUUAAAAUUGUUAAAUUUCAACAAAAUCAGUAUUGGAUCCAUAUUCUUAAUUGAACAAUUGGUAAGUCCUACAUAAGCCCUUUCACCCCUUUGUAACUUCAUUAGAUUCUCCCUAGCUUUGAUCUGGAUAAGUCCAUUGCGGUAUAAAGUGGUGAAAAGGUUUGGUAUGUCUUCACCAAAUCUCAACAAUGGACCACAGCAACAACAUUUGUCAAACAAGAGAGGGUUAUACAUUUUACUGAUUUGUAUUAUAUUCAUACAGUUUUGUAUUGUUGUUUCAUUGUUGUACAUCUGAGAAAAUAUUAUGUUGUUAUUUGUUAUUUAAUGAAUAGUUAACAGUAUUUUACUUCACAAUGAGUAUUUAUAUUUUACUCCACUGUGCCAUUGUCUGGGUCAGAAACUAGUCAUUUUCAGUCCAAAGUGUUUGUGCCAUUUAUGAAAAGACCAGUUUUGUUAAGGAUCCCCAUACCACUGCCUCAAGCUAGCUGUGAAUCGGAAUUUCUUUCUGGCAUGAUUAUAGUUUUGAUAAAUAACUUCUGAAAAUAAAACCACACAUGCAUGACAAAAUCAUAAGAAUGAAAUACAAAAAAAAAAAAAUCUGUUCAGAAUGUUAAACUUGUUAUGAAGAGGAUUCCAACACUUGACCUCAGAUCAGUAUACUGUUGUUGUAACUGACUGAGCUACCUGGACGACUAUGGAACUGAGGCCCAAACUACUCCUAUAACAUAAGAGGCCGUAGGUCGUUUUUUUCUUUCUAUCGGAAAAGAUUUUUCCGACUGCGACAGCACCUGUCAAAAGUAUCUUGCCCUGUUAACCUCCAACGCUAUUGGAGUAAGGCCCAAAAUGUACUACAGUUAUAGCAGAAGUGAAGUUAAGGGGAGAUAACUGUAUGUACAAGAAACUUCAGCGAGAUACGAAGUCUCAGUUGGUUUACCUACUUUGAGGCAAGUUUGGCAAAUGAUUCCAUCCCGUUUACAUGUAAAAGUAAUAGUGUUAUUAUUUGUGUAUUGUGACAGUUUAUGUAGAUUAUUUAACCCUUUAAAUGUUUUUACCAAAGUAGCAGUUGAUAUGUUUUAAUAUGUGUAUUUGUUUGAUUUGUAUUAGUAUUGGGUAAUAUCAGCUUUAUCUCACCAAAGCAGCAGUUAUAAAUGUUUAAAUAUUUGUGUUAGUCUGUCUUGUAUUAAAUGUAGGAUGUUGAUUUGCCAUUUACAUAUUUCCGCUUUAUGUAAGUCAGUCGUUUCUGUAGUUUUGUUUUCCUACCUGUUGUUUCCAGUUACAUUUACCAACAAUACAUUUACCAACAAUACAUUUACCAACUGCCAAUUCAUUUUCUCUUUUAUUGAUGUUACCUCAGUUCCUUUUAAGUCAAAAUUUGUGUUUUCUUAGGAAUGAAUUAUUAACUGUGUAUUUACUUCCUCAUAAUGGCAUCUAGUUAACUAAUUCACUCCUGAAAUUUCAUAAUGAACUAUUCCAACCUUUGAAUUGGAAGAGUUCAAAUAUGUCAUCAGGGGUGAACAAGUUAAUGUUGAUUUUACUUCUGAUUAGCCCCUGUUCCUGUUGUCCUUAUGUGUCAUCAUUUACAUUCAGAGACUGUGUUCAAGUGUAUUGAUGACGUUGUCCUUCUUUAGAUUUUAUUUUUCAUUUAGAUCAUGUUCUUAUAAUUAAUUUAUCUCUGAUAGGCUAAUGUUCUGCAUUAAGGCCAGUCUCAAAGUGUAUGCGUAUGUGCUUUACAUAGCAGUGCCAUAUAUUUUAAACAAGAUCAAAUUUCUCAUUUGGAAACAAAAUCUGUGCCAUAACAGCGAACUCAUCACAGUAACAAUAUUUAUAUAAACUGUAGUACAAUGUAUUAACCUAGUCAGAUAAUGUAUGUAUACUGAAAUAUUUACAUUUCCUUUGUACAUGUAUACUGUCUCUCAAUGAACCAACAAAUAAAAAUAUUGUUAUAAAAAACAGAUCUAGACUUGGAUAAGAAAUAUAAUGAUAUGAUAACAUAAACAUAUAUAUAUAUAUAUACUGAAGUGACCACCCUGAAAAUUUGACAAAUUUCUC